UUUAUGGUGCAUCCUUAGCUUUUCUGGGUUUCCUCUUUGACUCCAGUCUCAUGUGUGACUCAUCUCAUGCGUCUGUAUGUUUCUUGUCCUUCUGGCAGGAAUACACCAUGACCGUGUUUCUGCGGCAGAGCUGGCACGAUGACCGCCUGUCCUACAAUCACACCAACAAGACGCUGGGCUUGGACAGUCGAUUUGUGGACAAGCUGCUGCCCGACACCUUCAUUGUCAGCCAAUCUGCCUGGUUCCACGAUGUCACCGUGGAGAACAAGCUGAUCCGCCUGCAGCCCAAUGGCGUCAUUCUGUACAGCAGCCGGAUUACUUCGACCGUGGCGUGUGAUAUGGACCUCACCAAGUACCCGAUGGAUGAACAGGAAUGUAUGCUGGACCUAGAAAGCUACGGUUACUCCUCAGAGGACAUCGUGUAUCACUGGUCAGAAAGUCAAAGACACAUCCACGGCCUGGACAAACUGGAGCUGUCCCAGUUCACCAUCACAGACUAUCGCUUUGUCACUGAGAUGAUGAACUUCAAGUCUGCUGGUCGAUUUCCAAGACUGAGCCUGCGCUUCCAGCUGAGACGUAACCGUGGCGUCUACAUCAUCCAGUCAUACAUGCCUUCAAUACUACUGGUCGCCAUGUCAUGGGUGUCAUUUUGGAUCAGCCAGUCAGCAGUUCCUGCUCGAGUGUCCUUAGGUAUCACCACUGUCCUCACCAUGACCACUCUGAUGGUCAGCGCUCGCUCCUCUCUACCCAGAGCUUCAGCCAUUAAGGCGUUGGACGUCUACUUCUGGAUCUGUUAUGUGUUUGUGUUCGCGGCGCUCAUCGAGUACGCCUUCGCUCACUACAACGCUGACUACAGACUGAAAGAAAAGGCCAAAGUCAAAGCCAGCAAGCUCAGCUCAGAGUCCAUUGUGAAGAACGGAAAACAGGCCAUGGUUCUGUUUUCACUGUCGGUUACGGGAAUGAACCAGGGAGUGAUGAUUUCCAACCGGCAAGGGCGGGCCCAGCGCUCCGGCAGCGAGAUCCCAGGAGAGGGCGGUACCGAGGAGGCGGAGCCCAGGAGGAGAAGGUCCAGGCAGCCGGAGCCGGAGAGCGAGGAGGAGAAAAAGUGCUGCUCCAAGUGCAUCUGCAAACCCAUCGACGCCGACACCAUCGACAUCUACGCCAGGGCCGUGUUUCCCUUCACCUUCGCCGUGGUCAACGUGAUCUACUGGGUGGCGUACACCAUGUGAGGCGGCAGUGGCGGCGGCGCUGGGCCUGUGUGAACGGCUGCCAUCAUGGCUGUAUAUAAAACUGCCAGAGCUGUGCCACUUUAAUGCUGGCAGAAUGGUGCAGCUGAAGUAUACUGCCGGCUUCGGUAAAAAAUCAAAUAAUAUAAAUAAACCAGAAAGAGGGGAUGAGGUGUUACAACCAAUGAAUAUGGAAAUAUGGUAAUUAAUGGAAGUAGAUACAGGUUCAAACGGUGUUAAAGGGACUUUCUAUUUAAAUACAAAUCCACAAACGUACUGAAUAAAGGCAAAGGACUCUGUUGCCUGUUGGAGAAAAAUAUUCCGUGCAGAUUUCCAUGUUAUCCUGUUAUAUGCACUCAGUCAUGGGACACUACACAUCUUCAUGCUUGACCAAACACCUGCAGUAGUGACUCCUAAACUCCCUAAACUCUGCGUACAUGGACAGUUAGCUUCACUAACUCCACGCCUCCAUCUGGACUCAAAUAUCUGUUAUCUCCAACGCCCAAACUAGAGGAUAACAGGAUGAGGUCUACUACUAUUCUGCAUGGCUGACAACUCACCCUUUCCCACGUCACCCCCCCACCCCCUCCCCUCCCUCCCUCGGAUACUCCUUCCAUUUCUCUGUUUGUUUGUUCUUCUUCUUUCUUUCUAAUUCAUUUUUCUUUAAAGGAUACUGUCUGGAGUGUCUUAUCUCCAUUUGCCAGUUCUGCCUGUUUCCUCACCAUUAAAAGAUUUCCACCAC